AUGAAUAUUGACCCAUUGAAGUCCAUGAAGUGGUUAAUUUGGGCUCUCAUAGGAGUUUUCAUCGCACUACAGCCCUCUUACAUCCAUCCAGAUGAACAUUUCCAGAGUUUAGAAGUUUUAGCGACCAGAAUUGGUGGGGUUAAAGGUAGCAUUCCAUGGGAGUUUACUCAGGAUCAUUCCGCGAGGAGUUUCGUUCCAUUGUAUAUUAGUCAUUGGUGGGUAUUUCAAUUUUACGGCAUUUUAAGCCCAUUGUGGAUCCUAAGGUUGGUUAGGCUGCAAAAUUUUGGGUUAUAUUUGUUAAUAAGUCGGUAUGCUUUGAAUCAUCUGACGCACUCUGGAAGCCAAGCUGAAUUCCUGCUGCAAUCAUCAUACAUUGCAUGGUGCCAUCAGAGCCAUUCUUUUUCGAAUUCAUUGGAAACCUUACUCGUUUUAAUUGCACUUUCGCUGUAUAGUGAUCUAACGAAAGUCCCAAAUGGUCAUCAUGCAAUGGUCAAGUCUGCUGUGCUGUCGAUCGUUAUUACACUUGGGGUGUUCAAUAGAAUAACCUUCCCCGUUUUUCUUUUGAUACCUUCAGUUGUACUUUUUGUCAAAUUUUACCUCAGGUCCUGGAGGUCUCUAAUGGUCUUGGGGAUUACAAUAUUGUUAUCAGCCCUGUCUUUCAUAUAUGUGGAUACUCUGAUUUACGGUGGGUCUCGCUGGGUCAUUGCUCCCUGGAAUAAUUUCAAGUACAAUUUAGAUGAAUCCAAUUUGGCUCAACAUGGAUUGCAUCCGAGGUAUACCCAUGUUUUGGUUAAUUUCCCACAACUUGUAGGACCCACAGUUUUAUUUCUACAGAUUCCACGUAAAAGCCUAAGAGGUUGGUUUACGAAUAUUCCUGUGCUAUCUGCUUUAUCAGGUUUGGCCUUACUAUCUGUUUUUAAACACCAGGAACUUAGAUUCUUGAUCCCGUUAGCGCCAUUGACGCUGAUGAGCUUGAAAUUCAACAGUUAUUGGAAAACGUACGGUGUGAAGGCAUGGAUUGGUUUUAAUAUAAUAAUGGCAACUGUUAUGGGUGUUUUGCACCAAGGUGGUAUAGUUCCUCUUUUGGAUUUGAUACGGGACGAGCCAGUAGGCGUUCACAUUUGGUGGAAGACUUAUUCCCCCCCAACAUGGAUGUACGCUAACCAAAGACUAAUUACGUCUACUACCAACUUUGUUGAUAAUGUGGAAAGAGUGGAUAAUGUCCCAUUUUCCUCUAUUCACGACCAUGUUGUUGAUCUCAAAGGUUGUGACGAGACGUUAUUAAAUCACACGUUACAUCAAUUUCUUUUACAAAAUACAAAUGUUCAAAUUAUAGCUCCAAAUUCUGUUGCGCAUCGAUUGGAAUCAUUGCAGGACAAUUAUCACUUUCAAUCGUUACAAAGUUGGCCGAUUCAUCUUGAUUUAGAUCACAUCGAUUUUUCCAGCAAAUUACUAGGUAUUACUCAGUAUAGUGUAACUCGCAGAUAA